AUGAGUCGCAGCCCUGAAAGGAUCUCGUCUUAUCGGCGCCAUUUCGAGGAUACCAGCACCUCCUCUUAUCAGGUGAGGGUAAGCAGCCCUUCCCCUGUCAGACGGGAUACCGGAAGGUGCCGUUCGACCAGCUACUCCCGCAAUGCCAUAGCAGUCAGCAGCAACAUGGCAGUGGGCCGUAGAACCAUCUCAUCCUCACGCAGCCGUCCCCUCAUGACUGGUGGCGAAAUGGGGGCGAUCUGUGUUAGUGGAGGGGGCGCAGCCGUCGAUCUCGAUCAAGUUGCUGCGGAAAACCGUGAAUUCCUCAGUACACGAACCAGUGAGAAACAAGAGAUGGUCCUGCUCAACGACCGACUGGCAGCAUACAUCGAGAAGGUCAGAUCGCUGGAGCAGCAGAACAAAUUGUUGGAGACUGAAAUCGAGGCCCUCCAGAAUCGAUACUUGAAGCCCACCGGCCUGCGCUUGUUGUACGAGGAGCAACUCAAGGAACUGAAGAGGCUUGCUGACCAAAUGAGAGCGCAGCGGGACAACGCUGUGGCUGCAAAGGAUGCUAUGGCGGGUCAGCUGGAGAUGAUGAGGGUUAAAUAUGAGGAGGCCGUGGAGAUGAGGAAGAAAGCCGAGAUUGACAUCGAGGCUUUCCGUCCGGACGUGGACGCCGCAACCUCCACGCGCAUUGCUUUAGAAAAGCAGCUGGAAAACUUGGAGGUGGAACUAGAAUUCCUUCAAAGACUACACAAGGAGGAAAUCGACGACCUUAUGAGACAGAUAUACGCAGCCCACGCCACAGCCCAAGACGCAUUCUCUCUUCCCGACCUGUCAAACGCGCUCAAGCAAAUCCAACUUCAGUAUGAUAACAUGGCCGCCAAGAAUUUACAGGAAAUGGAUUCAUGGUACAAAACUAAAUUCGAUGACCUCAACAACAAAUCGACAAAGCAAAUGGACAAAGCUCGAAGCAUAAGAGAGGAAAUUGUUACUGCAAAGAAAGACAUCCAAAAUAAGGUGCAGGACUUAGAGUCAUUAAAGAUCAAAAACGAGGCUUUGGAAGCAAGAAUCCAUGAGACUCAAGAGAAGUACAGAAAAGAUCUAGAGGAACUCCAGGCAAGAAUUGAAGCCUUGCAGCUUGAGCUGAAAUCCACCAAAGAAAGGAUGGCAUUGCUCCUGCGUGAAUACCAAGAACUGCUCAAUGUUAAAAUGGGGCUUGAGAUUGAAAUUACCACCUACAGGAAGCUUAUUGAGGGUGAGGACUCUCGUCUGACUGGCAUGGUGCAGACCAUGCAAACCCUGUCCAUUAUGAGUGGCACUAUGAGCGUCCAUGGUGCUGGAGCUGGAUGUGUGGGCACAGGAGUGGGCAGAGGUCUUGUUGAUGGAGUGGGCAGAGGUCUUGGUGAUGGAGUCAGCAGAGGUCUUGUUAAUGGGAUCACUGGUGGGAUUGGCGACCCGGGCACUUCUAUUGACUACACUCAAGAGCAGGCAGUGGAGAUGACUGAGAGGAAGACUCUUCUUAUCAGGACCGUUAAAACGGAGGAUGACACAUUUGAAAGCAACACACAGGAGAAAUCUUAUUCCAUCUCUGGAGCAGCAGAUGAUGAAGAGUAGCUGUGCCUUCCGCUUG